GAAGGAGCCUGCACGAAGCUGGAUGAAGACAUCCUGGACAUCCCGCUGGACGAUCCCGACGCCAACGCGGCGGCCGCCAAAAUCCAAGCGACGAGUUUUCGGGGCCAUAUGACCCGUAAGAAGAUCAAAGGUGGAGAAAUCGAUCGGAAAACCAAGGAUCCCGAAUGUUCCAACAGCACCCGCGGGAACGGAGAUCUCCGCAACGGCGACUAG